AUGGCCGGCAUAGGUAUGCUCGCGUCCGCGAUCAUCCGCUCUCUCCUGCUCGGUCUCGAUUCCCAUUUUAGCCCAGACAGCAUCGCGGAGAAGAACAAUCAUUGCUCGGGUCGUGGUUGGAAGUCCCAGCCGACCAACUCCCGCAUCGGAGACCUAACCCUCAACUUCCAAUCCUCGAAAUUCAAGACUUUCCCCUUCCCUGGCGAUCUUAUCAUCUACAAUUCCGUGUGGACCGAUUCUGCCUUUGAUACUGGCAUUGGCAUUAACAACUGCAUAAACUUCUCUAAAAAGGGGUCUAUCAUUGGUAAAGACUGUAAAGGCAACAAAGUCAUUACUACGGUGUGCAACGAAGGUUUCAUGGAUGGAUCGUAUGGUAUGAUUAAUCGCGAGAACAUUCAAGAGCACGGCUGGAUUUAUCUUAUGGCGUUUCCGGAACUGGGGGUUAAUCCGGGGUGUCCAGAUCCGGGGAAGAAGGCUAAGAAGGCACUGGAGUUCAGAGGGUGA